CUGCGCCUUUCAGAUAGACGGAAAGCUCUGGCGAAAACAUCGAUCCCAUUUAUCAAUCUUCCGUUCUGCUGUAACCCUACCCUGUCCAAUCGGAUACGAGAUUUCAUUUCUGUUCCCUGUUGUCUUCGGGAUGUAAGCAACUUGGACUCACGUAACCCGAUCUGGAACCAAAGGCCAAUUAUUCACAGAAUGAUAAUCAAAGAGUUUCGCAUUAUCCUACCGAUGACUGUGGAAGAGUAUAAUGUCGCCCAGCUGUGGUCCGUGGCAGAAGUAUCGAAAAAUGAAACUGGCGGUGGUGAAGGCAUCGAAGUAUUGGUAAACGAGCCGUUUGACGACGAACAUCACAAGCCUGAUCCACCACUGGCAGUUCACGGUCAAGUGUUUGACAAGGGUCAAUAUACUCACAAGCGAUUCUACCUGGCUAAUAAAGUCCCUGCCUACGUACGAAUUCUCGCUCCCAAACGAUACUUGGAAGUGGACGAACGCGCCUGGAAUGCCUAUCCCUAUUGCCGAACAAUCAUCGAAAACCCAGCAUAUAUGCAAGAGAAUUUCUUCCUCAAGAUUGAAUCCAUGUAUGUGCAGGACAAGGUUGAUGAACCCAACAUUCACCAACUCCCACCUGAAAUGUUGGAACGACGCGAAGUCGUCUACAUUGACUUUGUGAAUGAUCCUCCCUAUAGCCAUUCCGAUUAUGAUCCCAACUGUGAUCCCACCAAAUUUCAGUCCGUUAAAACUGGUCGUGGUCCGUUGAUUGGUCCAAACUGGUGGAAGAACACGGACAUGCCAAUCAUGUGUGCCUACAAGCUGGUCACAUGUGAAUUCAAAUGGUGGGGCAUACAGACCCGUGUGGAGACAAUGUUACAAAAUCAAGAGCGACGUAUUUUCUACAACUUUCACCGUCAGUUGUUUUGUUGGAUGGAUAAGUGGCAUGGACUGACGAUGAACGACAUUCGAGCAUUAGAAGACCAGGCAAAACAUGAAUUAGACAAG